CGUUCAAAGAAGAUUCGCUCAGUGGGACGAGACGCGUCACAUUACACCAAGUUUGGUAAUAUUGGCGGUCGUCUCAAAUAUAUUGUUCGACGAGCAUCCCCUCAUUCGAGGUAUCGCGAGUGUGAAAUUUAAAGACUGCCGGGCUGCCGUUCAUAAAACCGUGUGGAUUUUUGCGGUGAGCCCGCAGUUUUUGUUCAUGUCACUAUGUUGGCCUUGAUAGCAAAAGGACGCGCCAUGAAGGCGUGGACUCAACUUCUCGAGCCAGGCGCUCUAGGCGCGAUUUGUUUGGCUCUAACACUGUUAACCGUUAACGCUGCGCCCACCCUAAACGACGAACAGAGCACUGAAAUUGAAUACUAUCCGGUUGCUGACGCAACGGGUUGCUACUACAAUUUUCAACACUAUGACGAGGGUGAUAGAAUAAUCACAAACGAGCCAUGUCUCAACUGCACGUGUCACAACCGCAUGCUUAUGUGCUACCUCAGGGUAUGUCCUUUUACCAAAGCUAUAGGCGCAGAUUGCAAGGUGGAGAAACGGCCUGACCAAUGCUGUCCCGUUAUAACAUGCCCGGAAGUACCGGUUCAAUUGGUGACUUCAACAGUACCGUCAACUGCCUUGGGACACUUGAACGAAUACGGAUGCUCUAUCAACAAUCUUUUCUACUCGGAUGGUGCGAGGGUCCCCUCCAACCCCAACAACCCUUGCGAACUCUGCUACUGCAUACGAAACAAAACCGCCUGCGUGAUCCAACAAUGUACAUUGGAAGUUGAAGGUUGUCGUCCUGUUUUCCAAGAAGGUGUUUGUUGUCCAGUUCGAUACAAUUGCGAACAUCCGGACUAUCUGGAAGGACCCACAACUCCCCUUAUAACAUCAACCACUACAACGACGACAACACUGGCACCUACGACCACUUUGGCACCUAGCGAUUGUAUAUACCAUGAUCAAAUAUACGCAGAUGGCUCGCUAGUUAAAAAAGAUGUCCCGUGCGAAAAAUGUUACUGCAUGAGAGGCGACAUAGUCUGUGCCGUGCAAGAAUGUGGUCCAACGCCAUUAGACAAAGUCAACUGCACAGCUCUACCAGUCCGUGAAGGUCAAUGUUGUCCAGAUACUUAUGACUGCGAGAACGUAAUCGAAGAAGAACUGACUACCCUUUCUUCGUACGAGCCUCCGACCACCCAGCCGACUUUACCUAAUGUUUUAGAACAAGAGACUGAAAUUCCUCCAAAACCACAAGUGGAAAUUCAAGAUAGGCACAAACCUGACGGACCUACUGCUGAACCUGUCACCGAAGAGGCCACUAAAGCUACAGAAUUCACUUCGUCUUCACCUGAACAAGCAAUAACUAAGAUAUCGCCGGAUACGGAACCUAGUAAGGUGGCAGACACUACUGAAAUUCCCAGCGACUCACAGCAAGGUGUUACCAAACCCGAAGCACAAAUAACUGAAAAAUCUCCCGCUGAAACCGAAUUGCCGCAAGUGACAGAAGAAAUUCCGUCUGAAGUUACCAAACCGCCUAAAGAGUCUACUGAUGUUUCGGAAACGGAAAAAUCGGAAGUGACACCUGCGGAAGAAAUCACUAAAAAAGCAGAAAGUCCGGAGGCAUCAACGGCGGUCGCAGAAGAAGAUUCUUCCAAACCAGCGGUUACUGAGGUUCCGAAAGAGGAUACUGAAGCUCCAAUUGAAUCAAUCACCGCCAGAAUUACAGAAGCUAUUGAUUCAGUUACCGCCAGGGUUACAGAAGCCAUUGAGUCUAUAACGUCGUCCAUAAGUGGAAGCAGCACUGAACCAGAAGUUCAAGAGGAGCUAACGAAGAAACCCGAAGAGGAAGGUAAAGGUACCGAAGAAAUUCCAGCCGAAGAAAGUAGCACUAAACUACCUGAAGAAGAACUUCAGUUCCCUACACACCCGUCAGCAAUAGAAAAAGAAACGGAUAAGGUACAGGAGGAAGCAGUGCCUACCGAAUCUGAAAAAGAAAAGCCAGAGAAGGAGACAACAGAAAAAAUAUCAGAAGACGAAUCCGUCACGGAGCCCUCGAAGGAAUACGAAGAAACAGAGAAGGCAACUGAAGCUCCUGAAACUUCCGAGGAUUCGACCGAAGCUAAAUCUUCUGAGGCUACCGUAUCCGAAGGAAAAGAAGUAGAAAUCGUAUCUGCCAUAACUACUGAGACUCCAGAUGAGGAACAGACUAAACAAACCGCUAAAGCAGAGGAAACCGAAGGAGGAGAAGAACAACCGGAAACUACCAAACUACCGGAGACAUCUUCUCCAUCAAGCGAAGAAAAAUCACCGGCUACAGAGACCGAGCAAGAAGCUAUCACAGAAGAACCCAUUAUUUCCAAGGAAUGUGGAGAACAAGAAUGCGCAAGGCCAACUUCUGGGAAGAAGACAGAAAAAGAACCGACUAUUCCAAAAGAGAGUACAGAUUUGCCACCGAAAGCAGAUACAACGUCGAUACCGGAAGUAGAAAUUAGAAUUAAAGAUAAAGAAGAGCCCGAAGAGACAUCUGAACACCUCCCUGAAGUGACUCAACGAACUUUGGAAACGGAGACAGAAGAAGAAAUGGUCGUAAUUACAGAAUUGCCCAAGAAGACUGAAAUGCCUGUAGCCAUGGAUCAUAUUUCUGAAAGUCUAAAACCUCAAGAAAAACCAAAGGAAUCAACUGAACUUCUAGAGGUAACGGAAACACCUGAAACAGCUGUUACACUUGGAGAAAAACAAACACCUGAAGCAGAAUUAGCUCAAGUUACCGAAGCGGAAAUAUUUAAAUCUACCGAGAAGCCUAGUGAGGUCGAAAUAGAACCAACCGCCACACAAGGUGUAAUGGUAGAAGAACAUACUGAGCCUCCAAAAGGGACGGAACCUUUAGCAACGGAAGUUGCUAAAUCCGAUAUUACAGAAAAGCCAAUAGAAGUACAGACGCCAUCAUCGGAAUUGCCGUCGGAAGCUGAAGAACAAACCGAAGCUACCAUCUCACAAAAACCAACUGAAAUCGGUCAGGUUGAUUCUACGACACAGUUACCCGAAUUGGAAAGUUCUACAGAAACUGGAAAACCCGAAGAGGAACCAUCAUCGCCUGGAGUAACGGAAACUUUACCCAAAGAACCCUCAGAGUUACCUACUAAGGUUCCUGAAAUCCUUGAAACAACACAAGUACCUCUUAAAAAUGUAGAAGCUACAAAGAGCCCUUCGGAUGAAGUUUCGGAAGCCGCAACGAAACAGUCACUUGCAGAAACGACAACUGUUGUUGUUGAAGAGGCGACUGAAGAACCGAAAUCUGAAGAGAAUGAAAUAGCUCCACAUGAAAGUAAAGAAACGUCUACAAAGAAACAUGAUGACGAAACUGUCGCCCCUGAGCUUAUAACUAGAGUAACUCCUGAAGAACCUCAAAUUGUUACCGAAAGCGAAUUAAGUACGGCAGUUAAAGAUGUGACCCAAAAAACAAUCGUUCCUGAAGGGUGCGCAUCGGCUACUGAUUGUGCCUCACAGACAGAAGCCCCACAAGAUAUUGAAAUGUCAACUAAACCUAUCUCAAAAGAAACACUUAGUCCUGAAAAUGAGACUGAAAGCAACAAAAUCCCGGAGACUGAAGAAACGAACGCCAUACCCGAAGGUCCAGAACAAACUGUUACCUCUACUGCUACUGAGUCGCCGGUGACCCAACUAAUUGAACUUGAACCUUUAACAAGAGUUACUCAACAACCGGAAGAAGAAAGCUCCGGUGAAAAAUCGAGUGAAGAGUCGUCAAGUUCUGAAGAAGAACUGGAGGAAGGUAGCGGAGCGAGUGAAGAACCUCCAUCUGAAGUCUCUAAAGCAACCAGCCCCACUCAACAGUCUAUCACACAAAAAGCUGAAGUCGAAACCGAGGCCCAAGAAGAAUUUUCCAGUGCAAGUCCACAGAAACCUACAACAGACAUUAGCGACUUGUCAAAAUCUACUGAAUCUGCUUUGCCAGCAUUCACCGCAGAUAAUGGAACAGAAAUUUCUUCAGUUAGUAGCGUAGAAAUCACCACAGUUAGUAGUUCUGAGCUCAUCACAAUUAGUAGUGAUCAAGUUAUCGGUGAAUCUGAAACUGUACCCUUCGAGAAACAGCAAACGGAACAACCCGAACGGGAAAUUCCAGGUGAAGGAAGUUGUUUGGUUGACGGACAAACAUAUAGAAACAACAGUAGCGUACCUCCUAUCAAUCACUGUCAAGUGUCGUGCUUAUGUUUAAGUUCAAUUUUGAAGUCUGGACCUGAGGCUACGAGUAUGGAAUCUGACAGUCACAUUAUAGAAACCACAAGUAGUCUGACUGAAAAAGCAGCAACUAUAAGAACAUCAAUAUCGGAAACUGACACUACAAGUGCUGAAAUACAAGUUACACAACAACCAGAAGCACUAACAGAAGCUCCAACAGAAUCCAGUUCGCAUAUACCCAAAAAAUCAGCUGACGAAAACGAAAUUGAACGAGAGAUAACCGAGGCACCGAUAGUAAUUGAGAGGUGUGAUGGAGCAGGUUGCAAACCUACACCAAGCCGACCGGAGAUUACCACAGAACAUGAAGAUAGCAAGAAACAGGAAACCGAAUCUGUCCCAACGGAAGAAUCAAUACCAUCUGAUUUGCCAGAAACACAAACCGACAAAACUACAGGGCUUCCUGAGAGUAUAACAAAAGAGCAACUUCCAUCAGAACAGCCUCAAACUGAAAGUUCAGUUCCCUUCAGAGAGACAGAAUCCUUUACUAAUGAUACACAAAUCCAAAUAACAACACAGCGCUCAGCAGAGGAGGGUACGGAGCCGGAAGAAACUACAAAGGUUGGUGUAGCUAUAUUGCCAACUAAACUUUUGCCAACAGAGGUUACCACUGAAGCACAAUCUGAAGAGGAUACAAAAGAAACAGAAAACUUACCAGAAAUCGAACCAACAACUCAAGUUCCUUCCCACUAUACUGAGAAAACUGCAAUAUCUGAUAAAGAAGUGGCGACAGUACCUAGUGAACAGGAGUCAACAUUAGCAGGUACUGAAGAACCUGAGCAAGUUAGUGAUGCUGAGGUUACUACGCAGGCGUCUCUGCCAGAAGUACCUUCCAUUACAUCUGAAGAAGAGCCUGUGGAUAAAAUUCAGGUCACUGAUGUCAGCAUACCUGGCGAAGAGGUGGAGUCGGUAACCCAAACCUUACCGAUUACUAAAGAACCAGAGGAGGAAGAAGGUCCAAAAUUAACAACUAAAUUACCUGAAGAAACCGUACCAGAACAAAGGCAAACUACCAUGCAGCCGGAACUUGAAGAAGUGCCUAUUACAACACCAAAAGAGGUUACUGAUCAACCUUCUGCCACAAGUCUCCCAGGCAAGGAACAAUCGGAAGCUUUACCUAUCAGGCCUUCAACAGAAAAGACAGAAUUGCCUCAAAUUUCGGACAAAGAAACUACGACAAUACAUGAAAUAGGCACAGAAACUGAUGUUCUUGAAUUAACUACCCCACUUCCGGAAUCAGUUACAAAGAAACAUAUCGAAUCGGAAUCUCAUGUCACCGAAUCAACACCAGAACAACCUGAAGUAACUUCCCAAUCGGAAAUUGAGAGAGCUUCAACGGAAUCGAGGAAACCAGAUGUUGAGAUCGCCACUGAAACAGUACAACCCGAAAGUUCUUCAGCUGGAGCUGAUGUAGGUAAUGAAAUUGAAGCAACAGCAACAACCGAAGAAAAACUUCCACCGGAGGUUGUCGAGAGUGAAAGUGGAGGAACCGAAAAACCGACAAGAACCUCGCAAUUACCCGAAGUAACAUCACCCAAGGAACAAGUGUCAACUGAGUCAGAAGCGAUAUUACCUUUCGGAGAGGAACAGCAACCAGUAGUCACUACACAGCCAUCGGAAGAACAACCGGAAACAGAACUUGCUGGUGAAAUUGUAACUGUAAAGCCAUACACCGCCGAGGUCAUUACAGAACCUGAACAAUUGUCUACCGAACCAGUAGUAGGAGAAGUAACCGCUGUAACGGAGGCUGAAAUCGAGCAAGACGAGACUGCAAAGCCAGUGAAGGAAGAGGAAGCUCAUGAAAGUACUACGACACCUCUAUUGCCGAAAGAACCAGUGUCGAUACCAGCACAAGUUACAAGUCAACCUGAAGAAACCAGUGGGGCUACAGAGGAACCAACAAUCUUGUCAAACUUUACACCCGAAGUUUCGUUUGGAGAACCUUCAGAAACUGAGCAACCUACCCAAACUAAUGAACCAUCUGAAGAACCGCAGGUAACAGAACAAAUUACCCAAGAUACUGAGAAACCAAAAACAGGAACCGAGAAGCCAACGGAAAUAACUGGAGCAACAGAAACCGAAUUACCGUCAUUGUCAGAGGAUGUAUCUACCGGACCGGAAGAAGUAAAUAAAACAGAACUGUCGGUUACUGAACAAGGAAUUGAAGCCCAAACUGUAGAACCCGGAACUGAGUAUUCUCCAGUAACUGCGGCAGAACCGGUUGCAACGGAACGAGUUCAAGAGGUAACAACAGUGGAGAGUGAGGAGGCUGGAGUAGAGACGGAAAAACCAAGUGAUAAGGAAUACGUUACUCCGUCACAAGUUCAGCCGGCUACAGAAAUUCCAACAAAAGAAAUUCAAUUGCCAUCUUUAGCAGAGUCUGAUAAGGACGGUGUUACUAGUGCACCGGUAGAUAUUGAAAAAGAAGGAACGACUUUGGUUGCGAUCCCGGAUAUACCGGGAACUGUAACGCCACAAAGCGAAAGUGGACUCGAAACGCAGACGACCGGAAUUCCUGAGGUGCCUGCUGAAAAAAUAACUAGUAAACCAAUAGAGGCAUCAAAUAAAUCUGAAGAAUUUUCUAAACCAGCGGAAACUAUUACCACACUUUCUCCUGAUUUUGAAAGUUCAGUCUCGACGGAAGUUUCCAAUGCGUCACAGCCUGAGUUAUACACUUCUGGACCAAGUAUCGAAAUAUCAACUCAACCUGCAGUAGAGGGUGAACUAUCCACUUCAGUACCUCUAUCUACAGAACCAUCCUCUACGGCAGUACCAGUAACGACUACUAAAUAUCCACCUGCACAAAUACCUGGCGAACAAGUACCAACGGCACCCGAUUACCAAGAACCCGAAGCUGAAUACGAGGAUGAAGAUCAGAAUACGUUCGGUCCCGGCACGUGCAGAUAUGGCGGCAAAGUCUACGUGUCGGCGCAACAAAUACCACGAGACGAUCCAUGUGAUUUUUGCUUCUGCUUCAGGAGCGACAUCAUUUGCCUACAACAGAGCUGUCCGCCGCCUAUACCCAGAUGCCAUGAGGAACCGAUCAGAGGUUUUUGCUGUCCAAGAUAUGAGUGUCCAGUUUCGAUGGCAGUUUCUGUCAAUUUGACAACGUCAACGACCACCACUACCACCACGCUUCCUCCACACUUUUUACAUCACGCAUAUAAAGGUAGGGCGACCAAGACAGGUUGCCAAAUACAGAAGAGAGCGUAUAAAGUUGGAGAAGUGAUCGAAUCGACGUCUGGGCCUUGCCUGCACUGCACGUGCGGUGGUGACGGCCAAAUGAAAUGUGAUCCUAAACCAUGCAGUCCGGAACCCAUGUUGAGGCAAAUGAUAGCUGCAGCCACGUCAAAGCGAAGAAGAUGAGUGAAUUAACCGUGUAAAAUAGUGACAUAAACUACGUCAACCAACAAACUAACAAAAAAAAAAACGAAAGUGAUAUUGCAGACAAUUUAUUUUAAUUGAAGUUUAGUCCCAAGCUUAAGGAAAUGUUUUCUCGGGUGCCAAAAAAAAAAUGGACAAUUUAGGUAUUGUGCCUUUUAACGAUAUACAGAGAUGUGCGAUUUUUAAUGAUGAAUAACGAAUACGGCAACAGAGUAUACAUUGGAAUAGAUUCACCACGUAUAUUUUCAAUGGUUUAUUGUACAGCAUUUGUGUAUAAAAAAAAUUUGUUCUAGCUUUGGCCGAUUUGAUAAAGAAAAAUGGCUUUAUCGAAUUGUGUAAUAGUAGUUUAACACGAUGAUAUACGUUUUUUAAGUUGUAAAAUAGCUUUUAAAUAUUCCCAAGAAAUGCGAGAAGCACCGAAAAUCUUAUCGUAUUUACCCAGUCUUCUGCGGUUUACUUAAACCUUAAAUUGAAAAUAAAUACGCGGUGGGGCUAUUUUCGAUUACACCCUGUACAUACAAGAGGCGACCUAUUUGAAGGCCGAAGAUGCAAUUUGUAUACUCGAAUAUUACCAGUGGCGGGCGCGGGGAAUAAAAUUUCAGUAAACUAAAGAAUACUAAGACCGCAAUCAAUCCUCAAACAAUUGAGCGUGACGCCAAACGCCAACCCAUAAUAAUAUGACUGAAUCUUUUUAUACUUUUGUAAAUGUAUAUUUACUGGAAAUUUCUCUCGGAGUGUGUUACUUUUCUUGUAAGCUAGCAAACUAUAUCGCGCUAGUAGUAUUUACGGUAAUUUGUGUUGCGUAUCCCUCCCUAAUCGAGAUCUAGGUUGUUUGACCGGCAGAACAGCACCGUCGAAUUGUAGAGAAUUUUCGCAGGCCUUAGUGAUAAGUUAAGCGAUUUCGGAAUCGUUUGGGUUUCUGCUGCUUGAACGCCUAGAUCGGACCCUGUAUAUUAACGGAUGCUCAAUAUUAUAUAGUUUUUUAGGUAAGAUAUGUAGUAUUUAUCAAUAAUAAAUAAAUUAUGUAA